AUGACAUUUGAUUUGAGCACUCAUGUUUUUGGCAUGAUUCCAUUGCAUGAACCCUUUCAGAGAUUGACAAGACUAACAACCUUCCAAGGUUCUCUAGCAAUGAUUUCUACGUAUGAUAAUAACAGUUACUAUAGAGAUUGUUGGAUUUGGGUGAGGAGAGAUGAUUCUUGGUCUGUCGUUUAUAAAUCAAAAGAAAAUAAGUUUAAAGGAUUAUCAAUUAUGGGAGUUUUGCAACUGACUGUCAAUGGAGAUUUUUUUCUUACUGCUAUGAAUGAUCACGGGAUCGAAGUUUAUCUUACUAAGAUGGGGACACAAUCAAGACUAGUGGAAUUCCAUGCUGCUUCUUUCAUAUCCGAGAUUGUUCAGUGUGUUGAAAGCCUUCAUUUGUUAGAAAAUGUGUGCGAAGCAAAUCAACUAUCGGUUUCUUGA